CCACUGAUCACAAUGUGGAUAACACCACCGAAAUACUCAGGGAGUGGCUGAAGAACGUGCAGAAACUUUAUCAUUAUGUGGAGUGGAGGCCGAUGGACGAGCCGGAGUCUUAUCCUGAGGAAAUUGGACCAAAGCACUGGCCAAGCUCUCGAUUUGCCCAUGUCAUGAAACUACGACAGGCAGCCCUAAGAACUGCGAGGGAAAAAUGGUCAGACUACAUUCUGUUCAUAGAUGUGGACAAUUUCCUGACUAACCCACAGACCCUCAAUCUAAUGAUUGCAGAAAACAAAACCAUCGUGGCCCCCAUGCUGGAGUCCCGGGGCCUAUACUCUAACUUCUGGUGCGGAAUCACACCCCAGGGCUUCUACAAACGGACUCCAGACUACCUUCAGAUUCGAGAAUGGAAGAGGACGGGCUGCUUUCCUGUCCCCAUGGUCCACUCCACCUUCCUGAUUGACCUCAGGAAGGAGGCCUCUGACAAGCUGGCCUUCUACCCCCCGCACCAGGACUACACCUGGACCUUUGAUGACAUCAUCGUCUUUGCCUUCUCCAGCAGGCAAGCAGGCAUCCAGAUGUACCUUUGCAACAGAGAGCACUAUGGUUACCUGCCCAUCCCUCUGAAGCCUCAACAGACCCUGCAAGAAGAAGUUGAGACCCUCAUCCAUGUGCAGAUAGAAGCAAUGAUUGACCGUCCUCCAAUGGAACCUUCCCAAUUUGUGUCACUCGUCCCUAAAUAUCCAGACAAGAUGGGAUUUGAUGAGAUUUUCAUGAUCAACCUGAAACGCAGGAAGGACAGGCGGGACCGGAUGCUGCGCACACUGUACGAGCAGGAGAUCGAGGUCAAGAUUGUGGAGGCGGUGGAUGGGAAGGCACUCAACACAAGCCAGCUGAAGGCCUUGAACAUUGAAAUGCUGCCAGGCUAUCGAGAUCCCUACUCCUCCAGGCCUUUGACCAGGGGUGAAAUUGGCUGCUUCCUUAGUCACUACUCUAUCUGGAAAGAGGUAAUCGAUCGAGAACUGGAGAAGACUCUUGUUAUUGAAGAUGAUGUGCGUUUUGAGCAUCAGUUUAAGAAGAAGCUGAUGAAACUGAUGGAUGACAUUGACCGAGCUCAGCUGGACUGGGAACUCAUUUACAUUGGUAGGAAGAGGUUGCAAGUGAAAGAGCCAGAGAAAGCAGUGCCCAAUGUAGUCAACCUGGUUGAAGCUGACUAUUCCUACUGGACCCUGGGCUACGUCAUCUCUCUGGAAGGAGCGCAGAAGCUGGUUGGAGCUAAUCCCUUUGGGAAGAUGCUGCCAGUGGACGAGUUUCUGCCAAUCAUGUACAACAAGCAUCCUGUAGCUGAGUACAAGGAGUAUUAUGAAUCCAGGGACCUGAAAGCGUUCUCUGCCGAACCCUUGCUCAUCUACCCCACCCACUACACAGGCCAACCUGGAUAUCUGAGUGACACAGAAACCUCUACCAUCUGGGACAACGAGACAGUAGCUACUGACUGGGACAGAACACAUUCCUGGAAGGCCCGGAAGCAGGGUCCCAUCCACAGCAAUGCCAAGAACACAGAAGCCUUGCCGCCACCAACUUCUCUGGACACAGCACCUUCAAGGGACGAGCUCUGAAAACCUCCUGGGAGAGGACCCACCUUGGUUCAUCACUGUUCAGUGUCUCCACGGGGCUGUUCAUCUGUUUGCUCCUGUUCUGUUGAGUGGUGUGGUCAUCUAAUCAGAGUGGUCGGAUGUGAGUGAGCAAAAUUAAUGUAUUUUUGACAGUGGAGGCAAAUUGGGAAAUUAGCCCCAAAUUUCUCACAAUAGCCAACAGAUGGGUAUUAUGGGAACCAUUAAGUUAAAUUUUAGUCCAAUCACCCAGUUCUUCUGCUAACUAGCCCUGAUACAGGAAGCAACAUGAUUCAGUCUUGCAUGAGAUGGGGUCACCACGCCAUCACAUUGGUACCUAGGUAGUCAUAGCACCCAAGACAACUGGACCACACUUCUUGGUCUUAAUGGUCCUUUUUCCCAUGACAGAUGUGACCUUUUAUAACUCUAAGCCAACUAGAUUGCAUUUAUUGUCCAGUUGGCCUGUUGUAUAUGACCUUGAAAAAUCUGUGUACAAGUUCUUCUUUUUAUCUUUUAAAUAAGUUAAAAAGUGAAUUUUUUUAAAUUCUUUAUUUUUAAAUUUAUAACUUCCUGUCCAUUAAGGAUGGGUAACUGGCUGUGGUUGAGACUUGGCCUUUGCCAAUCAUGGGCAGCUGGAGUUCUUCUGAGAGGCAUCCAGUGUGCCAUGCAGAUAGAAUUUUGGUAGCUAUUUGAGGGCUUAUGUAGAUACUUGAGAGAAAAAGAACUCAACCUUUGGCCUUGUGGCUUGUGGCCACUUGAUUCAGGAUGGGGUAUUUAUAAAGAUAAGUGUAAUUUAUCCAGGGCCCGGGGGGGGGGGAGGGGGAGAGGUGUGCCCUGCCUAGUACAGCAUCUCGCGCUCACUUUUCCCACCCCUUAGCCUGGGAAUGAGCAGCAAGUGUGAGUUUUCUGAGUCAAAAGACAGAGCACAUUUUCAGGCCAGCAACUGUCUGUGCCUGGGUUUUUCAUUAUAUUUUGAAUUAUUUAUUUUACAAAGUGUGAGGGAAAACAUUGUCUGCUCUCUGAGGUAGAGAAACAGAUGUGGCUAGUUUUCAUGGCACCCCAGGGAGUGUCCCUCUAGCCACCUUGGUGCAAUGACCCAAGUUUCCUGAAUGUCCCAGCCUGUCUUUUGCAGGGAAGCUUGUUGCUUAAGGAUUCUAGCCAUUUGGAAGCAAACUAGUGUCCACUUUAAGGGGAAAUAAUGGACUGGACAACAGAUCUAGACCAACAACCAGGAAAGUUCUUAGAGCCCAAAUCCUGGGUUGGCACCUUCUCUCAAAUGGUAUCCCCCGCCAGGUGCUGGUGGCUCAUGCCUGUAAUUCUAGCUACUCAGGAGGCUGAGA